AUGCUGAAAUUCGGCUUGUUCGUCGUGUGCUUCGCUCGAAUUCAAGCCAGCGAUAUGCUCUUCAUCGAAUCGGUCGCAAUUCAACUCAAUAAUGGCUCGAUUGCCGAGUGCAAUGGCGCGAAUUUGACGUUUUCCGGCGCUCAAUUCAACGGCAACUGCUAUACUCAACCCGGCGAUCCGCCGACAUUCCUAUUCAUUUCGAAUCCAGAGCCCUCUCCAAUGACGUCUCCAAAUCUGACGAUAACUCUGACGUCGCCGAAUCUGACGCUGACCGAUUCGAUCAGCGGCGAGUUCGCCGCGACACUCACCGCCGACGCCGCCAACUCGCCGCACACCGCCACCAUUCGGCUGAAUGGUGUCGCGUCGUUGGCGACGACGACGCCAUCGUCGCCACCACCAACCAACGCCACCACAAUUGCACCAUUGGUGGCGAGCGAUGGUGUCGCAAAAAUCAAUUGGAUUCGAGUGGCGUUCGAUGAGAAGCCGCCGACGGUCGUCAAGAGCAACAAAGCGGCGACGGCGAUCGCCAUCAUUGAGGUCCGUCCGAUUUUGAUGGUCCCCACUCUCAGUUAA